AUGACAUUUAUUCCAACUGGAUCAUGGAUAUUAGUUAACAUAUUUGUUUGUAUUAUCACAACCUUACUUGCUGAGUUUUUGUGUAAACGAUAUGAAUUACAAGAUAUUUCUUUUACUAACACACAGCUAUUAACUCCAAUUCAACUCAAAUCGAUUUCUAUAGAUUAA